UUUCCCUUUUACCCGUCUCUCUCUCUCUUCACAUCUGUGCCAUGGCUCUAGAACUUGCCAUGGGUUAUACUAGAAACGAUUCCUUCAUGGAAAAAGCAGUAGCUCAAGAAGCAGCCUCUGGUUUGGAAAACCUCCAAAAUUUCGUCAGAAUUCUCUCUCAAUCACAACCACACCCGCCGGAUAACUCAUUACAAUUGGACUGCGGCGCCGCCGCAGAUGCAGCCAUUACAAAAUUCAAACGGGUCAUAUCUCUCUUAGAUCGUACCCGAACAGGCCAUGCCCGGUUCAGACGAGCCCCUAUCUUAUCGCCGCCGUUUUAUCCAUCAAAACAUGAAUCCCCAGCUGAAUCAGAAUCAAUAGUUUACUGCCCUACCCCUCUCCAGCAAAUCCCGCCGCCGGCGAAAAAUGGACCCGUUGGUGAGAGAACGAUUAAUUUCUCAUACUCAGCACCGUCGCCGCCGGCGUCGUCCGUUUUUCAGAUUACCAAUUUACCAUCGUCUUCCGGGAAACCUCCGUUGAACUCGGUUUCGAUGAAGAUUAGGAAGUGUAGUUCAUCGGAAAACAAUUUGUCUGGCAAGUGCAGUGGAUCUUGCCAUUGCUCCUCCAACUCCAAGCGAAGGAAAUUGAGAGUGAAGAGGGUGGUGAGAGUGGCGGCGACAAGCUUGAAGAUGUCUGAUAUACCGCCGGAUGAUUACUCAUGGAGGAAAUACGGGCAGAAACCCAUUAAAGGAUCACCUCAUCCAAGGGGUUACUAUAAGUGCAGCAGUGUGAGAGGAUGUCCGGCGAGGAAGCAUGUGGAGAAGGCAUCGGAUGAUGCGAGCAUGUUGGUGGUGACUUAUGAAGGAGAACAUAAUCAUUCUCUUUUAGGAGGAGAUGAUCAUAAUCAUCAUACUAAAACCCUAAUCUUGGAGUCUUCUUGAUGAUGAAUUAAGGAAGGACUAAAAUCAUCUUAAAUGUAAACAUGCAAUUUUUUCUUACUUUAAAUUAACAUGAAUUUGUGUUUUGAUC